GGAUGGAUAGACUGUGUCGUCACUUGUUUGACUUUAAUAAUGGACAUUUCUAGCUAAUUCCCCUUACGGGUGAUUAACUUUUAAAAGUGUCCAAAUUUGAAUAUUAUACAAUUUCUUGGCUAAACGUCCUCAGGAAAAAGUUAUUUUAAAUAUUUUGCCCCUUUGCCUUUCAUCAGGUCUGAGCCAUAAUUGUAUUUCUGUGAUGGAUGAGCUGUCCUUCAGAAAUCUGCCCUUCCUGCACACAUUACUGCUAGACCACAACCUCCUCACGAGUCAGGCUUUGGAGGACAAAGCUCUGUCCAAUCUUGCCCAUCUCCAGGUGCUCGCACUGGGCCACAAUCUUAUCAGCCAGAUCCAAGCCAACUGGCUCAAAGGUACCUUGGCGCUUCGAACUCUAAACCUGGAAGGAAACAGAAUCUCCAGUCUAGAUCCUGGUUCUCUCCCUUUCAACGAGCUCAGAUAUCUGGAGAAUCUGGAUCUGUCUGAUAAUUUCAUAAAGAGCCUGGACACAAACAGCUUCCAUGGUUUGGUGCGCCUUCGCAAUUUGGAUAUGUCCAGAAACCGUCUGAGUUCAGCUCCAUCUCAGUCUUUUUCCUACCUCAGCUGGUUGACCAACCUCAACCUCGAUCUCAACUCAUGGAAUUGCUCCUGUCAGCUGCUGGAUUUAGCUACCUUCCUUUCAGCCUUCAUACAACAACCUGACAAGACACUGUAUAAUGGACGGAGGAUGGUGUGUGUAAGCGCUGACAAUCCGGCUGUAACUACAGUGCUGGAGCUGACUGACGCCAACUGUGUCCCGUCCAAUCGGAACAUCACAGUGCAGCUGGAGACAAUAGACAGUGUGACACCUCAAGUAUAUGCUCGGGAUUUGGCCAUUACAGCUGUUCUCUGCUUUACUGGUGGCAUUGGCUUGGCACUGCUUGUAGUCCUGAUCUACUAUCAAGUUUCUCGGCGAAAGAAUGCGUCAGAAAGUCAUAAACAGAAGGAGACAGAAGAAGGCAGCGGACCCGUGACCGGCUAUCUCACUAAUCACCGUGAUGUCGGUGCGAAGCAGAGGGAACUCUUUAUGCAAGCUCACCAGCUACUGGACAGUAAAAGCAUACCGAGGGACACAAGGGCCGAGAACUAUGGAAGCCGAUUUCGUGUUAGAGCUGAUGAAAACCUCAUGUGUCCAAACUGCAAAGUCGAAGGAUCGAAGCUAAAUCAGUGGGACAACGGGAUGAAUGGUGUAAUGCAGACAGAGCAGGAGGGAGACCACAGGAGAAUGAGGAUGUUCAUAAUGGAGGAGGAAGAGAAGGAGAGGAAGAAACUUGAGAGCCAGCAAGACAUUCUGGAAAGAGACAUUCCUCACAACGGUAGCUCCAGAUAUUCAUCUCGUCAAUGGAAACACACCUUCAGUCGUUCACCAGACACCCUUGCUGCGUACAAUGCAAACAACGACAUUGGCGUGAGGUCUGAUAUAGGUGUUAAGAGUAGACAACCUGGGAUGCUCCAUUGUAAGAGCUGCCACAGAACAUAUGGGAAGUCAGCACAGAAUAUGAGAGAACGUAGGAUUCACUCUAACAUGAGCGACACCUCGCUGUUUGAUGACUCGGUCCCUCAAAUCGGCAAUGGAGAGAGGAGUAUCGACUACAACCGGUUUCAUGCAAUGAAAAGCAUGAAAACGAGAAGGCAAACAAGAAAUGUGACAUUCGAUAAGGAAAGAAAGGAUCAAAGAAAGGCAAGGAGGACUGACGUGGUGAAGAUUUCCAGAAACAUGGAAAGAGGAGUGGAGAAAAACCACAAAGGAAAGCUACAGUCCAGCGGCUUGCUGAAGUCUAAACUACUCCGAAAGACGAAAGUCCAUCCGAAAAGGAAAACUGAGCAGGAGAGGAGUAACUCCAAGGAGAGCGAAGACAGAAGGCACGGUAAAAGAUAUACAGAACAGUUGGAAGGUAAAGAAAGCUCGGGUGAACAAUCAAAAGGAAGCAGCAAGAAAGGGAAAAAAACAUCAGUCAGUGAGGGAUUGAUCGAGGAUGAGGAUGAAAAGGAUGGAGAAAAAGAUCAGAAAGUCAAGGCAGCAUUCAAAAGUGUGCAAAAUAUCCAGAGUAAUGCAGGUGACCAAGGAGAGGCCCAACUCACAGCAAUUACUCCAGCUACUAGCACCACAGACCCAUCUCACCCCACCAUAGCAGAUGGGGCCUCCAUCAUGGGGCAGGGUCUGACCGUUCCUUAUCAGGGAGCUGGGGUGGUUCCUAGGAGUCCUCAGCUUUCCUCUCAGCAACCGUUUCUGUUCUCUGCUACUGACAUAAUUCAUUCAACGAGCCAUCUCCUGCAAGGAUCAGCAGGCUCACAACGAAUGAGCAGUAACCUCCCUCUCGAGGGAGGAGCUCUUUUACUCAACACAGCAACCCCAGCGGGUGGUUCACUGGUCCCCACCGGUCCUACCAAUAGUAUGUUUCUUAGCAUGGUAGGUAGUAGGUCUAUGUCCUUGAUCGGAGCUUCAGAUAGUAGGCAAGAAGUCUUCGUAUCACCUGAUACUUCUCUUCUUGCAAAUGCAGGACAUGCCAACCCUUUGCAGUCAAGUUUGUUACAGACUACACCACUUCAUGGUUCCAUGCCUGUAGGACUCGGACCCAACAUAGCCCUUCAUACGUCACACAACCAACCGCUCUCUCAAAGCCAGAUGGAUUUUCACAGCUCUACCAAUGAACAAAGCGUAACGUCAGACCCAAACCUGGGUCAAGCUCCUCGGACCGGGGAUAAACCAACUCCUCUAGCCUCCUCUGAAUCGGAACCUCCAAGCUCCUUUCUCCCAAUUAAGGCAUCUCAAAGUAUAGAUAGCUCAACAAAGGUUCCCAAAGCAGUGAACACUGUUGAGAAUUUGUCAAAACGUUACAGUCAGACCGAGAAUGAGGCUGUACCAGGUGGUCUGGUGGAGAGUAUAUUUGACGGUGGAAGGCCUGGAACUGAAGUGCACGCCGUGUCUGAACGAAGCAUGCUGGGUGAAGACAUCUUUCCACAAGCCGCAUCUACUCAGAGCACGUCCUCUUCAGGCAGUUCAAUGGCUGCCUCACCUCUCCUGAAGCAGGAGUACCUUUCAGAGGAAGGUGGCUCCUCCCCGAGAAGGAAGCUGAGGCUGGUGCUCCCUGAGAAGACGUCCAGUCGAGAACCCACAGCACUGGAAAAGAAGAUCCGCUAAUUGCGCCAACCUUUACACAGUUACACUUCAUACAGUAUGGCAUCAAAACAGGAGCUACGCUGAUGGUCAGAAGGAACAUUUUGUCCUUUAAAAUCAAGUUUGGGUGUAAAUAUCCUCAGAGGUGUUUGUGUGAAAAAAAAAAAACAAUGUUGGGCACAAACCACUUAGAUGGGCUGCUCGAGAUGACCGGCACAGCACACCACUCGGUGUAAGCGAGGGCGGGGGCGCUGCAAACAAACAAAUAAAUAGAUUGUUUUAUUUA